AUGUGGCUAUGGUUUUUGUUAUAUUUUAUACAACAAUGUACUGGACAGGUGAUUGUGAUACAAACCGACGAGAUAACUUAUCAAAUUGCCGGUAUAUUCGAAACUCAAGCCUUAACACAGCGUCUAGCAUUUAAUGAGAGUAUGCGACAUAACCAUGUUAGUGGCUCUGAUGGAGGAUCUGAUUCCGAUCAAAAAAUGAAGGAUUGGCGACUCGACCCCGUUAUACUUCAGCCGUCUCGGACCGACAGCUAUUCUCUUUGGAGGAAUCUCUGUUCAAACAAAGAUAUGCGUCCGAUUGCCGUAUUCGGUCCACAGAAUCCAAUAUUUGACGGAGCAAUUCGUGACCAAUGCGCAAUUGCUAACAUCCCUCACAUACAAGCUACGUGGCAGCCAAUGGAUCCCAACAUCGAAGAAAUAAUUGCAAAUAAUGAUGACGUAAUUAAUGACGACGAAAGUAAUGAUACACCGGUGUUUAAAAACAUUUCGAUAAACUUUUAUCCCGCUGCUGAAGAUAUUUCAUACGCGUACGCGAUGUUACUCAAGUACUAUGGAUGGGAAAAUUUUGCUGUUUUAUAUGAAGACAACUUUGGACUUAUGAGGAUACAGAAAAUUUUAGCAGAAUACACGGGUCAAAUACCGGUAACUGUAAGGAGAUUAGAUCCCAACGGAGAUAACUUUAAGGUAUUUAAGGAGUUAAAACGAUUCAAAGAAUUCCGUAUAAUAUUGGAUUGUCAUGUGGACCGAAUUCUCAAAUAUUUACAUGAAGCUAGAGGUGUAAAUAUGAUCAAUCAUUAUCAGCAUUAUAUCCUUACAACAAUGGAUGCAUCAAUUAUAGCCAAAGAUCUCUUACCCUUUCAAUCCAACAUUACAUGGCUCAGUCUUACGGAUUUUGAUAAGCUAGAGGAUGCCCAACACUUCCUGGCUACUAGAGUUGGUAAAUGGGCCAGUGAAAUAGUUCAGUUAGACUCACCACCUGUCACUAAUAUAGAGAUCGAAGCCCUCGUUAUGAACGAUGUAGCCAAUCAUGUCCUUAAAGCAUUACAAAAAGUUGGCGAUGCGGAAAGUAUUACAAUAAGAGACGAGGAAUUCUGUAAAAAAGACGGCGACCCCUGGCCGCUUGGAGCUUUACUUCAAGCUGAAAUAUUAAAGGCACAAACAACGGGUGUGACUGGAAACAUAGAAUUCGACAAGUUUGGGCGAAGAUCUAAUUAUACUCUGUAUGUUAAUGAAAUUCACGUGUCGACGAGACAAACUGUUGGCACUUGGAUAUCGUCUAACAGAGAUAGUAUUAUAGAAGACCGACCAAGCACUAAACUUAAUAAUCAACAGCAAACCAGCAAACACUUUAUUAUUAUAUCACGCAAAGCCAAGCCGUAUUUCAUUGACAAAAUCAAAUGCCCACCAGAUAACGACACAUGUGUGGAAGAGGACGCUGACGAUAAAUAUGAAGGGUUUUCUGUUGAUCUCGUCAAAGCCAUAUUUGAUAAAUUAAGACAUUAUAAUUUUAAUUACACCUACUCGUUUUUACACGAUGAAGACAAAAGUUAUGGGAAAUAUGAUCCUGAACAAAAAAAAUGGACUGGAUUAAUAGGAGACUUGCUUGAUAAGAAAGCUGACUUGGCUGUAUGUGACCUUACAAUAACUGAAGAGAGAAAAAGCGUGGUUGACUUCUCUGUUCCAUUCAUGACUUUAGGAAUCAGCAUUUUGUACACAAAGGAAAGGAAAAUAUCCCCUGGAUGGUUUUCUUUUCUAAACCCAUACAGUUUUGACAUGUGGAUGCAUACAGCGACUGCGUAUUGUGUGGUUUCUAUUGUACUCUUUGUAUGUUCAAGAAUAUCACCAGCUGACUGGGAGAACCCACAACCAUGCGACAAAGAUCCAGAGGAACUUGAGAAUAUAUGGAAUUUCAAAAACUGCGUUUGGCUUACUAUGGGUUCCAUAAUGACACAAGGAUGUGACAUUCUACCUAAAGCAAUUGGUUCACGAUGGGUGUGUGCUAUGUGGUGGUUUUUCGCCGUGAUCGUGUGUCAAACAUAUAUAGCUCAGCUGUCAGCUUCUAUGACAUCUGCCCUAGAAAAUGAACCAAUAAACAGAGUAGAGGAUCUAGCUAAGCAAAAUAAAAUUCUCUAUGGUGCUAUUCGUGGGGGAUCUACUCUAGACUUUUUUAAAAGUUCAAAGGACAAAAUGUUCCGUCGUAUGUAUGACAAUAUGAUGGCCAAUCCAGUUGUUCUAUUAGAGAGUAAUGACGAAGGUGAACGACGAGUUCUCCACGCAAAAAACAAAUACGCCUUUUUCAUGGAAUCGUGCACUAUUGAAUACAAAUUAAAAAGAAACUGCAACCUCAAGAAAGUCGGCGGUGAAUUAGAUUCCAAAGACUACGGGAUCGCGAUGCCAGCAAAUUCCCCAUUCCGAACGCACAUAAACAGAGCGAUAUUGGAACUGAAGGAGUUCGCGAUUAUCGAUAAAAUUAAACGUAAAUGGUGGGAAGAAAAAUACGAAGCAAGACAAUGUGAUGGCAACACUGACGAGAGCGACGUGGAAGGAGACUUGGAAAUGGAAAAUUUAAUAGGUGCUUUCCUGGUCUUAAUUGUCGGUCUGGUGCUAAGCUUAAUUAUAACGGCCGCUGAAUUUAUGAACGAAGUACGGAACAUUGUGAUCAGGGAGCAGGUAUCUCACAAAGAAGUUUUUAUGAAAGAGCUAAAGGCGUCGUUAAACUUUUCCCAACUCCAAAAGCCGGUACUCCGCAAUCCGAGUCGAGCACCAUCCAUUGCCUCUGACACCACUGAAAAUAAUAUGAAACGAGCUGCCAAUAUUGAGAACUUCAUUGAAUUCGAAAAAGAACCUAUGUGA